AUGAAAAUAAUUGAAGGCCUACCACUACUUUGGUACACCUGCUUUGUACUUGCUGUUGUAUUAAGAUAUCUUCCACAGAAUCCUCAUGUAUCUGAUAGCAUUCAAGCUCUGCUCAACAUCAAAGCUGACUCCAAGACAUGCAGUGACAUUACAAACUACCACUCAACACACCUUCUACUGAGUACCUGCAAACAGAAACCUACCAGUACCAGCAAUAAACCCUGCAACAAGAAGACCUUCCUGGUAUAUAUAACUCUUUUACUUCUUGCUAAUUCAAAUGAUGUCCAACUAAACCCUGGACCCCCACUAAACGACAGUACUGUCUACCCAUGCGGCACCUGUGACCAACCAGUAACAUGGGAUCACCGGGCAGUUGUCUGCGACACCUGCGACCAAUGGUACCACUUAAAUUGCCAAGAUGUUCAUUCUAGAACCUAUAGUAUUUUAAAUGAAGAUAGUGCUAUACGCUGGGAUUGCCUAAUCUGCAACAACCCAAACUACAGUACUCUGUGUUUUGACCUUCACUCGCUAUCAACGUCAAAUCCAUUUGAAUUACUAUCGCUUUCAAGCACAAGUCUACAAAGCCCUAAGACACAGUUAAAACCUCUUCACUCAUUAACUCCAGAAAGAAGUGCAAACCCAAAGAAGAAACCACCAAAAAAGCUACCACUUAGAAUCCUGAAUGUCAACUGCCAGUCCAUUAAGAAAAAGCAAGACAGAAUAGAGAGCACAAAACCAGAUAUCAUCAUUGCCACAGAAACAUGGCUGGACCCCUCUAUCACCGACAACCAAGUCUUCCCAGACAACUUCAAACUUUGGCGAAAUGAUCGCAAGACAGGCACAGGCGGAGGAGUACUUAUCGCAGUCAAGGAUUCAAUGUUCAGCACAGACAUCCCAGAACUCCAAACAGACUGUGAGAUAGUCUGGGCCAAGGUCAACAUUGUUGGAGCCAAAUCAUUGCUUAUUUGCUCAUUCUACCAUCCUAAAACAUCAGAUGAACACAGCCUACUUCAAUUCCAAGAAUCUGUUAGCCGUGCAACAUCAAUUAAAGACUCUGUUCUACUCAUUGCGGGAGACUUUAACCUCCCAGGCUGGGACUGGAAAUCAAAAACACUGAAAACAGGCACAGCCCAUGCACGCCUCCACUAUCAGUUCUCAGACUGCCUAGAUGACAAUGGACUUAUCCAAAUUGUUGAAGAUACAACAAGAAAUAACAACACUCUUGACCUUGUAAUAACAAACCUCCCUAGCAAAGUACAGCAAGUAACUACAAUGCCCGGCAUAUCUGACCAUGACACUGUCUUCGUUGAGCUUGACCUCAGCCCUGUCACCCAUACCCAAACACCCCGGAAGAUCCCACUGUACAAGAAGGCUAGAUGGGAUAGCAUGAAGGAAGACAUGGCAACACUCCACCAAACAAUCAAGUCUAUGGCGGAAAACAACACCGACAUCAACACUAUCUGGGACAAAUUUACAACUACACUGAAAACAAGUAUACAACAACAUAUCCCCCACAAAACUGCUAGGCCAAGAGAAACAUCGCCAUGGAUUGACAAAAGCAUCAAAAGACUUAUUCGAAAACGUGACCGUCUUGAUAAGAAAAUGAAAAAAUCUCAAGACAAACAACAUCAAAGAAAUUACAAGAACUGCAAACACUUAGUGCAGAAGAAACUCCGACAAGCCUACUGGACAUAUGUUGACAGUAUUGUAACACCGCAGCCUUCAGAUCCAAACAUUCACAGCUACAACAUCAAGAGCACUGCUGAUGACUUCAAGAAGGGGGACUACGUCAAUCCACAGUCAACACAUCCUGUAGCCCCUGAAAUAUCAAUAACCACAAACGGAAUCACCAAACUCCUUCUCGCACUGAACCCACAUAAAGCUGCAGGACCCGACACCAUAAGUCCUCGCAUCCUCAAGGAAUUGGCAACUGACAUCGCUUCAAUACUCAACACCAUCUCCACUCUGUCACUUGAAAAUAGCACCAUCCCUAAUGACUGGAAGAAAGCCAAUGUAUCCCCGGUCUACAAGAAAGGCAGCAGAUAUAACCAGAAAACUAUCGCCCUGUCUCCCUAA